CGCGCACGGCCUCGCAUCGCCUACGCAGGCGCAUAUAAACCACACUACAGAUCCGCCCUCCCUCGCUCCCAUCCCACCAGCCGCCAUGCGCCUCACCUGCACCCUCCUCGCAGCCCUCUCCCUCUCCCUCUCCCUCUCCCUCCUCCCCUCCCUCACAGCCGCCCAAAGCGCCGACGAAUGCUCCACCCCGCCUUCCGGCUCGCAAUGCGCGCGCUACUGCAUCGUCUGCUGCAACGCCUUCCCCGACGCGCCCGCGUGCCAACCAGAUUACUUCACGUGCAUAGAUACCUGUGCCUCGUAAGGCUAUCGGGAGCAGGGCAUCGUGCAUCGGCUGCUAAAUCGUCCUCAACUCGUACGGCGUAGAAUGAUCCUCUAUCCAGCUUCUAUCAUAGUGUGUAUAUAUAAGGAGAUACAUGCGCA